UCCAGUUCUUGGCAAUUGUAAAUAAAGCUGCAAUGGACAUUCUUCUACAAGACUUUUUGUGUAUGCAAGUUUUAAUUUAUUUUGGAUAAAAACCUAGGAGUAGAACAGCUGAGUUGUAUGGUAAGUGUAUGUUUAACGUCAUUAGACACUGUCUAUGGGCCUUUUAAUCUGAUAUCUACUGUUUUCUAUUCUGGGAAAAUGUUCUGUUAUUUAGUAUUUCAUCUUUUUCAUCCUAAAACGUUAUCUUUUAGGACUCCUAUUGAGAUGUUAGUGUGUCUUUAUUGUUCAUAGCUCUUAGCUUUUCAUUUGCUAACUUUCCUCCUUUUGUCUGGGCAUUUCCUCAAUUUGAUCUCCAUUUUGCUCUAUUUCCCCUGUUGUGUCUUCAACAGCUGUUUUUCAUGCCUAAUAUCUCCACUUGGUUCCUUUUUUAUGUUGUUACUCUCAUUUCCUAUUGCUAAUACCAUGGCUUCUCUCUUUAAAUGUAUUUAAUAGACUAAUUGAAGGUUUUGGUCCCUGUGCUACUAUAUCUGCUUCUGAUGAAACCUGUAAUCCAGUGUCUUUUUAAUCGUUAUGCUCACAGAAUUGCUUACCACGUUGUCCCGUGAGCUCAUUUCCCUUGGUAUCAGCCACUCCAUCAGUUGUUAUGCGAACAGGUGAGGACCAGAUCCCUGUCCCCAUAGACCCUACUGAGAUCAGGGGUUGGGGGAUGGAUUUUGGGAUGGGGACGUUGAGGCAUUAAAGAGCCAGUCAAUGACUCCUGACCCCCGCAAGAACACUCCUUGGAGUGUGGUUCACCAGCCCAAGGCUUUGAGGAAGCAGGUGGAGAAACACGUGCUUGAGGUAAGAUAGUCUCAGCUACCCACAAGCAUAGGCUACUGCCGUGCCUCGAUUCCACUCCUCAGGAAGCCUGAGCCGGCGUCUGGACCACUGCAGCGAUGGGGACACUGUUCCGAGACAAAGGCAGGGGAGGAGGAGAAACAAACUCCAGAAGUUCUUUUUUCUAUUCUAUGCAUAUAGCUGAGGUGCGCUGGCUGCUGUCCCAGCCACCCAGCCCAGCUCGCCAGACUCCGGGGAAGGCGGCCCGCCUGGAUAACGGGGGAACCGGUUCCGACAUCUCGGUUACCUAGGAGACGCGGCGGGGCCGCGCAGCCUUCCGGGACCUGUAGUCCGGCAGUCCGGCCCUGCUCUUGCUGGUCCCGGAGGACCGCGAGCAUCGGACUACAAUCCCAGCAGGCACCGCGGCGCGCCCCGGCGGGGCGCGGGCCUGGGAGAGCGGAGGCCCGUUGCCGCUCCUCUGUUUUCGCCGCGUACAGCAGCCCCGUCGGGGACUCGUUCCCGGAGCCGCUGUCGCUCCCGGGCGGCGCCCUUGGCUGUCAGAACCGGGCCGUGCACGUACUCCAUGGACACGGACGUGAGUCGCCGCUCCGGGACCGACCAGGUGGGCGGCCCUCUGCGAAGCCCUAGGGAGGUGGAGUCAUUGCCUGCCUUGAAGGGCCACACAGGAGGCGUCCCAGGGAGCGGGCUCGACCAACCGGUGGGGAGCAACGAGGACCUGUGGGAGCGGAGCGCAUUUCCUCAGAUGCUGGAGUUCAGCUGAAUAUUUCCUCUCACCCAUGUGAUAAAAGACCUAUAGUUUUGGAGUGAUGGACCAGGAUCAAAGUUCUUUCACCUUUUGGUUCUUGUUUCUAAUGGACUGCCCACUUCAUUUAUGCUUGCCUUAUGCAGGAGUUCAACGAGUUGGACAAACAACAGGCUUAAUGGGAUCUAAGCCGUCAGAAGCACCCACAGAUGUCAUCCAGCAGCCCAAACUGUUCACUAAGGAAACACUGAUUCUGCAUAGACCUGCCCUUAUGCAAGUGAUUAUCAGCAUUGCCCUGACGUGGGGAAUCACUAUUUCCUAUGUGAUACAUCGGCGGGUACAGGCCGAAGAAAGGCAAAAACUCGUGUCGCUUUAUAAAAAUGUCAGGAUACCAUUGUCGGGAGACGAAGAGGAGGGCUCCGGGGGUGAGGCCGGGGUGUCCACUUACCUGCUUCCAGAGAACGGGGCGGGGCUGGAGAAGCUCGUUCCUGCGGGCAAAGGGCCGGCCAGCGAGUCUCGUCGGCCCCAGAGUCACCUGAACCCCGGGCCGCAGGGUUCGGCGUCCAGAGGCAAAGCUGAGCGGAGUUGGUGGGUUUGAGUUGGGAAAGGUGAGUAUCACGCCUAGAGAAAUAAACUUCCCGUCGAAGUACCCAGAGGGGCGAAUGGCCGUCGGGUUGCCAGGUUCCUCCUGCAGGGCGAUUCCAGGCGUGAGAACAGAGGUCUGGACACUAAACGUCCCCCUCCGGCGCGCCCAGCCCUGCGGCCGAGUCCCGAGCAAGAUCGCUAGUCCCAGGUCCGAGACCCUGUAAGAGAGAUGCCCGCCAUGCCAGCGGAUCCUUGUAGGGCGGGGGGUGGGGGGGCGAUAUACGUGCUCACCUAAACCUCAUUUUGUAGUUCUGAGACUCGGGUACCUGCUCAAAAAAAUUCAAAGGCAAAACUGUAGAGCGGCAGCUUCUGUCGGCCGCACUGACCGAGCCCGCGUGGGUGUCCUGCGCAAACCGCACGGGGACCUCAGACAGGGCCCACGGCCAGGGGCAGAGGGGGGCCGGCGCCUGCUCGGGCCCCCGGCCCCGGCAAAGGAAGCAGGGUCUUCACUGUCUUUUCGUUACAUCGAAUUAGAACUUUUUUAUAUUCUUUCCCUCCCUGCCCCUGCCUCAUGCUUUUACAAAGCUUGAAUACAGAAAGUGUGAGAAUAAUUUUAAAAUUCAGUUUUCACUGUCCUUAUCAGACAAAUAACAUUCAUUGUAUCCUGAAAAUCCCACUAUUUAUGCCUUUCUUUUUCCAUACUUUUCACCCUUUGAAGAAUUGGAUAUUCUUUUCGUCUUUAUCUCCCAGCUCUAAUCAUUUCCCUUUUAUUACCACUAACUUUAUUAAUAUAAAACUUUCCAGGAAAGGAAAAACUACCACUGAAUAGAAAACUCUUCCAUUUAUGAAAACUGAUCUAAUCAAAAUUAGAUUUGAAAAUUACUUUGGCUUUGUUAAUUUUAAAAAUUAACAAUGAAUAAGAGUCCAAUAUAUUUAAACAUAAAACAUGUAACUGAUUUGUCUAAAUAGCAUUUUAAGCCAAUAGUGUUUAGGUGGCAUGGAUGCUAUGAAUAACAACCAUGUCUGAAUACAUUUCUUAUAGCUAAUAAAUUCAAUGACAAUGCUAUCUCUACAUGAAAUCUGUUUCUUUUUAUGGAGAAUCUCUUAUGCCCAACUUAACUGGGAUAUGCUGGUCUUUUUUAAGGCUUUUAAUUUGAUGUGUUAAUAUUCUCCAGAGGCUCCAAGUUUUCAUAGUGAAUUGUCUCCAUUGAAUGAGACUCCAUUACUUGGGAAUGUGGAGUCUUUUAAUGACAAAACAAAACGAUGAGCUUUAAAAAUUUGCCAAUUCAAGAACUUCCGAAUUAUCCUUGGUGCACCAAGGAUUUUUUUUUCAAAGAAAAUACUUCACUGAGAUCUUCACUUUUUCCACCAUCCAGUAUUUCUGCUGCCACCUUUGAAUCACUACUAGUCAUAGUUAAUGGAUUUCUUUUAAGAAAUAUCUUCUAAUUUGGGUAUAAUUGACAUGUAAUUGGUAUAUAGCAUAUUAGUUUCAGGUGUACGACAUGAUGAUUCCAUAUUUGUAUACACUGUGAACUAAUUACAAGCCUAGUUUCUAAUUUUAAGUAACAUCUCACCUUACAUAGUUACAAGAAUCAAUAGCUUUCUGUAAUUUGUAUUUUACAACUGUUUUUCUGAGGUAAUAUCAAAUCUUCAUGCAGUACAAUACCUGUAAUCACAGGGGAAAUGAUAAUCAAUUCCCAAGGAGGUGAGAUCCUGGAUUUAAGAUACCCCUAUAUUUUGUGAAUCAGAGCAAACAGGCUCCACCAACCUGCAGAUGUUAUUCUUUAUCAAAUUAGCAUUACAUUCACUGUUAUGUUUUUAAGAUCAAUGUCAGGUCCUAAAAGGAAUCAAAUAAAAGAAGACUGAAUAGAGAUAUUAAAUGGAUGCAAGUGUUGACAAUAAUAAUACAGAUCCAGUUUUGGACUCCUGUUUUGCACCCCUCCAUCCUCCUGUUAUGCCCCGAUCUGGGGUAUUUUUCCUCUUGUCUCUGACUGAUGAUACACAGGUCAGUCUCUGAAACUGGCUGUGAUGCUUCAGAGCGUGCGUAUCCAAACUGCAGUACAAUCGUUUUAUUAGUUUCCUGUACCAGUGGCCAUAUUUUGUGGAUGACCCACGAAAUGAUUUGUGCAUUUAGAUCUGUGGUCUUCCGGAGUAUCUGAAAGAUUAUGUUUCCCUCUGAGAGCAUGCCGGUCUUCACGGACUCUGAACUAUGUCUCCAACUCCUGGAUCAUCAGUUAAAGACAGUACGGCCCCUUUAAAGAAGCAGCUAACUCGCUCCUCCGUCCUGGCCCCCAGUCUCCGUUUCCCAGCGCCCUUCGCAGUGAGGCGGUGUCUUUACUGGAGGUCAGCGGCCGGAGACCUGACCCGCAGGCCCUGAGUGGGUGGCUACCACUUUACCCAGAAUGCUUUGCAAGGGACGGCUCCUUGAGAGACAAACAGCGUCGGGGCGGGACUUCCGGCGUCGCCUUGGAGGCUGUCGGUUUGGUUGCGCCGAGUUGCGUUCUCCUCCGCAGAGGUGAGCAGAGAAGAGGCGCCGUCCGCGCUGCACAGAGGCGGCUCUGCGGCCCGGCGGCGCCGCCCGCGGGCCCCGCGCCAGGGCCGGGAUCGGAACCGCCUCUCCCGGGUCGCCUCGUCACCGAGUCCGACGGCGGCGGCCGCGCUGAGCGGCCCGGCCCAGGGUCCCCACACUUAAAGACUGGAGGAAUGACACAGAGUCCAAGACGAUCACAAUCCGAAGAACACAAGAGUGAGGGCUGGGGCCAGUGGAGCACUGGAAAACCCUUCACUUACCUGUGUGAGUUCCUUAGGAGCUUCUGCAGUCAUGGGAACCUGAACAAAAAGACAGGCCUUGGAGAAAUAAGUCCGGGCUGGUUUGAAGGGCUCCUGCCUCCCUAUACCAUUCCCUGGCCCUGGGGCCAGGUGACAUCAGGCUGGCUUCGAUUCUAAUACCUAAGUGCUUGAUGUCCGUCACCAGCUGGGUGACCCUGAACAAAGAUUCAGCCUCCCAGUGCCUCAAUGUCCUCAUCACCCCUCCACCCUGUCCUUCUUUUGAACUGCCUUUGAGAAAGUUUUAAUCUCUGACGUAGACCGCGUCUCUCCUUUGUUCGAAGCUCUCUGGUUCCCAGAGUCCUCACAGCAAAAGUACAGCCCUCGGCGGGCUCUUCCAGGAUUAGGCGCCUCCCAGGGCUCCCUGCGGGCGGAAGGCCGCCCCAGGUUCCCGGAUGCCCGAGUCCCCCCGGCUCGGCCCCAGCCCCGGCCUCCGCACGCGCGGGUCCCCCCGCCCGUAACGGGCCCCACGCGCCGUCACGCCGGCGCUCAGGACACCGGCCCCGCCCACGAGCGCCUCUCCGUCCCGGGCCGUGGGCAGGGCCCGGGGACGGGCAGGUACCUGGGCAGGGCCGCUCAGCGCGGCCGCCGCCAUCGGACUCCGUGGGCGCAGCGGGAGAGGAGGCGACCCGGGAGCGGAAGAUACCAUCCCGGCCCGGGCGCGGGGCCCCUGCGCGAUGCCUCAGACCCGCCUCUCUGCUGAGGGGACAGCGCCUCCUUUCGGACCUUCUCGGUCCCGACGGGGCCCUUAUAGAACCUUUGACAGGGAGAACAUGGCCCAACGCAGCCAAGCUGACGCCCAGCGAGUCCGCCCCAGCCCUUGGUGCUCAAACAGAAAGGCCUCCUUGCGGAGCCUUCAUUGGCUCUAUGACGCUGCCUUCAGCACAGGGCGUUCUGGGAAAUGUAGUUCUCAGUCCCAAGCCGUGAUAAGGGGCUUCACCACCUGACUCCAGGAGAAAAGGCGAAGAUUCACCGCGAGAAGCCCUGGCAGGGCCCCCUGUUCAAGCGAAAUUUUGAAAAGGCUCAAGAAAGAGAAGAUAUCAAACACUUUCCUCCCUUUGGUGUACAGACUGCACUUUAAGGUAAGCAAAUUUAAAUUAGGAAAACUUUUUAUAGAGUAUUUCUAGGUAAUAAAUGCGGAAGUCCUGGUAAAAUUUGGUAGAAUACAGACAUGUCUCAACAGCUCAGAAAAUAAUGAAUUCAGCUAAUGAUCAUCAAUCAGUUACUUGAACCGAAUAACAUCAAUGACAGAAGGCACAAUAAAGACCAGUGGGGAUAAAAGAAACGGGUUGAAAAAACUUAACAGGGGGACGCACUGUGCAGUGUUAAUGUCACAAAGAGACAGUCAGACUUCAGAGCAUCUGCUGGUGAUGCCGUCAGAAGUCCCGGCCCCACCUAGAGCGCCCUAGCCAGGGUCAAUCUGGGUUCGAUGGAUGUCUCUGGCUCUGAUUAUACAUUUAUUGGAAGCAAUGGUGAACAUGUUAAGGACAUGAAAGAGAUGCCACUACACUAGAGAACGUGGGAAAUUAUACCAAAUGAUCUUGUCACACCAUCAUACAUAUGACAAAUUAACAAAAGAAUGUAGGAUAAACCUUUGAAAUAAAAGAAAAGAUGCAUUAUAUAAAUAUAAAAUGGGAGUAUAUUGUUUAUGAUUUAAACAUUUGAUUCUGAAAAAUACAUUUUUGAAAAGAUGGGUAAUUGAAUUCUAAGUUACUAGUAUUAUUUUUAGUGUGAAACGCUAUCAUAAUUAUCAUAAGGAAAGAGAACUUGUACUGCUCCAGAAGGCGUUGGGUCCAGGCACAGUGAUGUGAGAAUGACGGCGAUGAGAAAGAGGAGGAAGUGGAGCGCCGUGUCAGGAAAGGGCUGGCGGCAGGGUCAUGCCUGCAGACCUGCUCACUGUCAGGGAGGGAGGGAUGCCGCGCUGCAUCCUCUACUAAACACGUUCACACUCACAGCUACCCUGGGACUUAAAUAUACCAUCUUUUGCCACAAAAGAACCUGGAAGUUCAGAAACUUGCCACGUAGCCUGUGAUGGGCAGAGCUGGACUUCACAGCAGUAGCUCUGGCUCCAGGGCCUGGGACCCCUGAGUGCCACACCAGGGAAAAAGGGCACAGCUCCUGUGUGGGACCAGCUUUCUUUGAAAAGGUAGGCCAUGAGGUGACAAGGAGGUGAUCAGGAGAAUUUAAUGCUCAGGGAAGGGGAAUCCUGUAACGGUAUCAUUUGGUGAUUGCCAUAUUUUUAUGUUUCAUGAACCUCUAAAAACUUAAAAAAAUUAGAAACCCCGACAGUGACUGUAACGGGGUAUGUGGGGGGGACUUGUCAUGGGGGGAGUCUAGUAAACAUAAUGUUCCUCUCGUAAUUGUAGAUUAAUGAUACAAAAAAAAAAUUAGAAACCCCACGCAGUGAUUUGAUCCUGUGAAAAUUAAGGGAAACCUCCCUGACAUGGAGUCAGGAGGCCAGCAGGGGGAGCCCUCGCGCCCCACCACUGGUUAGUACAGACCCGACUGGAACAGGACCUUGCAAGUUCAGGGACUGUAGCUACUACUUCACUACAAAGCAGGAGGAAGGAAGGUUUUCCUCCCAUCCCUUCAACUUCCAAAAACAUCCCAGCCAAUGAGAGCCACCGUACUGGGGACUCCCAGUUUACUUGGCCUUUUUAUUUAUAAUAAUCCCUCCUUUAAAAGAGCAUUCCCAAAUCCCAAAUCGCAACUCCCUGCUAUUCCCGAAUAAACCCGUUUUCACCAGUAAAAUAAAUUGACAGUUUUAUUUUUAAGGUUAACAAUCCAGUAAGGACAUUUCAUGGACACCAACUAUCUACUCUCACAUUUCAUUUUUAAAAAGGGAUUUUAGCAGCAAAGAAAGCAGAGAUUGACGCCUCAUAACAGAGGCACAUCUACAUUGAGUAAAUUGGGAUUUGUGAGGGACUCUGUGGCUGCCUUUUCCUUACUUUGCCCAGGACGGGGAUGAUGUUAGAACUCAGUGAAUGCAGUUUGAACAGUGUCUGCAACAGACCUGACACCUGGUCUGUGCUUAGAGGACCUUAGCUAUAAUCACUAUUAAUUUAUUCUCUUUCAAGUAAACUAUUUUUCUUAUAUAGAUAGUAUUCUAGGAAGUAUAUUUGUAUCUUUCUUUUGGGAAAACCAGUUUGACUUGCCACAAGUGGAAGUUUACCAUGAAAAAUAUAAUGAAAUCAAUAUGAUGCUCUGAAGUCCCAGGCAGCUCAUGGGGCCUGCCCAGGGCUACUCCCUCUAUUGAAAAGGGAAAUUACAGUCAGGGUGGCAUUAGAAAUUCAGUAUGACACCAAGACUUUCUGACACCCAUCAGGAGGGAAAAAGAAAAGUGAUUGGUUUUCUUAGAGUAUCCAGCCAUGCCACCUGAUGUUGGGUCUGUAUGCCCUCUAAAGUCAUCUGAACCCCUGCUGGAAUGUAUCCUAGGCCUUAGGAAACAAAGGAUGGUCAUGCAGCAGCCCCCAGGGACCUCUUCACCAGGAUUAUGUGAUUUAGGAACAUACGUGGGGGCACUUUUUUCUAGGGUGCUAUUGGACUCACCCUGAGAAUAGCGUCACCCAUGGCCCUGCAAAGUAGGUCAUAGACACAACUGACCAAAGCAGGCUGGACCCUCAGCUCCCCUUCUGUGAAAUCUGUAAUAGGCGUCUCAGUUGUGGUGAGAGUGAUGGCCAGCAGAGUCAGGGUAUUUGUUCACAGGGACUAUGCUCCUAGCCAAAGAUCCCUGGUGCACACACAGGGAGAUCAGAAAGAGGAUAUAGGUCUAGAACAUGGGCAGAGCUGCAGGGAGGAAUGGUGGCUUCUUCCAGAUGGCAUCUUCUUGAACUGACAGGCCAGGACAAAGACGACUGAAGGAAGGAAGCUGCAAAUCCCCUGAGUGGAGGAGAGGUGAGCCCUCAUCCAGUAAGACCAGGAGACCAAAGGUGUCCAGCAUCACCUCCUGGGACAGGGUCCUCUGGGUUGGGUCCAGCUGUCUCCAGCCCUCCAGGGUGAAGGUCAGAAACACCCAAAAAAAGUCAAACUGAGGCAUCAGACCUUUGGGUUGUUGGAUGGGAUCAGAGCCUGUCAGUUGCUGGUGAAGGUGCAGAGACCCAGGCCUCAGUCACCGAGGUCUCCUAAGUUGAGCUCUAUGCUGUGGCCUUCAGACAUAAUGCAACUGUGGCUGAGACAAAAGCCACCCAUGGGACAUGAGACACAGUGGCCUGCCUGUGCAGACUGUGGGGACAGAUGGUGAGGAAGUGACCAUGAUGAUAGUCCAACAAUGAUGGCAGCAGCAGGUGAGCCUCGCUGGUCCUCACUGUGCACCUGCCCAGAGAUUAGGGCUUCACAUGCCCUGGUAAAGGGAUUACAUGUCUCCAAGUCUGGACCCAGAUGCCCAGGUUGGAUCCAGCCUCUUGAAUCUGAUACUUGUCUGUUGUGUGACCUUGAAGAACCUACUUCAUCUGACCAUGGGUUUCCCCAGGAAUACGAUGUCAUUCCCACUUCCUCAGGCCAAAUGCUUAUAAAGCAAAUCCUGGAAUCCUGGCACCAGUAGAUGCUGACUGUGUUUUGGUAUGUUUAUUGGUCCUCACAGAGGCCAAGGUAAGUGCCAUCACCUCCAUGUCAGAGAACUGAAGUUCAGGGAUCUCUAGCAAGUCACUCAGAUUCCCAGUGAAGAAACUUGUAGGUAGGUUGGAGAAGCCCCAUACCUUUCUCAGAUGCACCCAGGGAACGAGAAGUGCCUGCUGGGGAAUUUCACAGCAGAGGCCGAAGUAUCUGGGGAGGCCAUGGGAGCAGCCACCUCACAACAAAUGGUGCCUCAGCUCUUGACCUCCUCCAACAGCUCGGGGUCAGAGUCACACCUUAUACCCAUUCUACACGUAAGGAAGCUGAAACCCAGAGAGGGUGGGUCAGUUGCCUUUGAGUUCCAGUGAUACUCUGGGUUCUGGGAUUCAAACCCAGGCUACUUGACCCACAGCUUGGCUGUCCUGUCUCCCUCCCCACUGGACUUUGGGACUCAAAAACAUCCUAUCCAUCCAGAUGCUCUCUGGUCCGAGAGUCCUGCUCCAACCCACCAAACCCCAUGACGACAGACCAGGAAACUGGGACAAGACAACAAAGUGAGGGUUUAUUGUAUUAAUGAAUGGACUUCAGAAAGUAAUGGUGAAUAUGUUAACAGUGCAGAUUAAAAGUAUAUAGUAUAUGUGUCCAUUGUACAUGGCAUAACAUUGGAAAAAAUUGUUCUUCCAAUGUUAAAAACAAUUAUUUAAUAAAGCCGAAAAGUCACAAAAUAAAAUUAUAACAUAUA